UCCUUUUAUUGAGUCUCUGUUUUUUUCACUUCACAUUUUCCCAAUCCCAAAAAUCAUUCUUAAGUAUAUUCCAUUCAAAUUAACAAGAUUCCAUUUUUAAAUCUCACUUCUUCCAUCUGCUUAAACCAAUUUUCUACUUUAUGGAAGAUCAAAUUGAUCAAUCGAAGCAAGAAAUGGAUCAUUUAAUGGAUGGUUCGAGAAGUAUCAUAUUCGGGAAAUACGAGAUGGGGAGGCUAUUAGGCCAAGGAACAUUUGCCAAGGUUUAUUACAGCAGAGAUAUCAAAAACUCUGAAAGCGUAGCGAUUAAAGUAAUCAACAAAGAUCAUGUUAAAAGAGAAGGGAUGAUGGAGCAAAUCAUUCGAGAAAUUUCUAUUAUGCGAUUAGUUCGACAUCCAAACAUCGUGGAAAUCAAAGAAGUUAUGGCUACAAAGCAAAAAAUCUUUGUAGUUAUGGAAUAUGUUAAAGGGGGUGAGCUUUUCGCCAAAGUUGCUAAUGGGAAACUUAAGGAAGAUGUUGCAAGAAAAUACUUUCAGCAAUUGAUUAGUGCUGUUGAUUUCUGCCAUAGUCGCGGUGUAUUUCACCGCGAUUUGAAACCUGAGAACUUACUUCUCGAUGAAAAUGAAAACUUGAAGGUUUCAGAUUUUGGGUUAUCAGCUUUGUCUGAGCAAUUAAGGAGUGAUGGUUUGCUUCAUACACAGUGUGGAACUCCAGCUUAUGUCGCCCCUGAAGUUUUGAGGAAAAAAGGGUAUGAUGGUGCUAAAUCUGAUAUUUGGUCUUGUGGGGUUAUUUUAUAUGUUCUUUUAGCUGGAUUUCUACCAUUCAAACACGAGAAUUUGAUGAAGAUGUAUCGAAAAGUCUUCAAAGGUGAAUAUGAAUUUCCUCCCUGGUUUUCCCCUGAAGCCAAGAAACUGAUUUCAAAGCUUCUUGUAGCUGAUCCAGAAAAAAGAAUUACAAUUUCUGCUGUAACAAAGAUCCCUUGGUUUAUCAAAGAAUUUAGUAGAUCGUCUUCUUUUUCUUCAAUCGAAGAAAACAACACGGAUCAGAAACAGGAAAGCAAAGAACCAAGUUUGGGAAACAGAUCAAAAUCAGCUCCACCUUUUUACAAUGCAUUUGAAUUCAUAUCAGCAAUGUCUUCGGGGUUCGAUUUGUCAAGUCUUUUUGAGGGUAAGAAGAAAUCUGGUUCUUUAUUCACAUCGAAAUGCUCUGCCUCAACAAUCAUGUCAAAACUGGAAUCUUUAGCCAAGAAGGUGAAUUUUCAGAUUGUAUGCGCUAAGGAAUUCAAGGUGAAGAUGCAAGGAACAUCGAAUGGGCGAAAAGGGAAAUUGUCAGUAAUGGCUGAAGUUUUCGAAGUUGCACCAGAAGUGACGAUUGUUGAGUUCUCCAAAUCUGCUGGAGACACCUUAGAGUAUAAAAAGUUCUGCGAAGAAGAUGUACGGCCUUCACUUAAAGAUAUUGUUUGGACAUGGCAAGGUGAGAAUAAGGGCCAUGAUUAAACUGUAACGAUAGCGUUAAUUACUCCAUGUAAAAGUAUACUGUUUUACUUUAUCACAGUUCUAGCCAAUUUUGUUUAAUAUUAUGGUGAGUAAUAUAUGUAAAUACUUUGUAAGUUCCAA